AUAGGGGUGGGAGGGAGAGGGUGGAGCUGAGGGGCGACUGGCUGGAGAGGGGAAGAACUGGGUAGGGCGAGCAGGGUUGGAGGGGCUUGUGAGACCACCUUGGCCUCUGACAGCGACGGAAAAGCACUUCUGAGGACAGGAAUUGCGUUGGAUCGUCUGUAUGCCAAGUGCGAGGAUUCAGGUUGUCCUUAAAUCACUUUCCUAUUAAGGCACUUAGUUUUUGACAUCUGAGAUGCCAGAUGGCUUCGAAUGAUGAAGAUGCCAUUGCUUGGUACCAAAAAAAGAUUGGCGCAUAUGAUCAGCAGAUAUGGGAAAAAUCUAUAGAACAGACUGAAAUGAAGGGCUUCAAAAACAAACCCAAAAAGAAAGGCCACAUACAGCCUGACUUGAUAGAUGUUGACUUAAUAAGAGGUUCCACAUUUGCCAAAGCUAAACCUGAAAUUCCAUGGACAUCUCUUACAAGGAAGGGACUUGUACGGGUUGUAUUCUUCCCAUUUUUUAGCCGUUGGUGGAUACAAGUGACUUCUCGGAGUAUUUUUACAUGGCUGCUAGUGCUCUACCUCCUACAAGUUGUAGCAAUUAUGUUGUACUACAUGAUGCCAGUUGUGAGUGCAAGUGAAAUUAUUGGACCACUGUGUCUUAUGCUACUGAUGGGGACCGUACACUGUCAAAUAGUAUCUACUCAGCUAACUAAGCCAUCAGGCACUAAUGGGAGCAGUACUGGUCGGAGACGGAGAAAAAUACGCAAAUUUGCAGGAUAUGAUGGGAUCAGAGAUGGCAGUACCUACUUUCCCUUUGACAAAAUCAGCAGAGAAGAGGAGCCAGCUGAGGUUUCGUCAAGGAUCAGCAGCUUCUUUGACUCAGUAUUGCACAGAAGGAGCAGGGAGGGGUACGGUUGGAUAAAGAAGCCAAAACGGGUAGCAGAUAAAUGGACUGAAACAGACCAUGGGAGUACUAUGAGGCGCAGGCUUGCCAGAUCUGAGCUGAGCUUGCAGCGGUCCAAGGAGCUUGGGACGCUACCAAAUGUAGAAAAAAGUCAGGGUAGUCGCAGACGCUCUGGUGCUUCUGAUGAGCCAUCAAGUGAGGAGGACACAGAUGCUAUGGGUCAGAGAAUUCUGUUGCGCCGAAGUGUUGAAGGUGCCUCUACUGCCAAUCAUACUGAAAAUCAGAGCAGGAAGUCUUCAAUUGCUUCUUCAAAAGCAUCUGCAAACCAGUCAGUAACCCAGGUCCAAGAAGUCGUGAAAUCUAUGCAAGACUCUGACAGUGUUGUGGAUUCAGAGCAGGAAACAGUUCUCCAUGAGGAGUCCAAAUCCCAUCACAGUAGUGGAUCUCGGAGUGGCAGCGCAUCCCGUAGAGACUCGGAAAGCACUCGCCAUGAUUCUGAGACGGAGGAUAUGCUGUGGGAUGACUUGCUUCAUGGACCUGAGUGUCGUUCCUCCUACACCAGUGACAGUGAGGAAAAGGAAGUUCAGCAAGGAAAAGAAGCAAAGGGAAGCAAGCGUGAACUGAAGGAUGAUGUUUUCCAGCAGAACCACUUGUUCUGGCUGCAGAACACAAGUCCUGCUUCGACCAAAGUGAGCGCUCUCAUCUGGGAAGGGAAUGAGUGCAAGAAGGUGGACAUGUCUGUGCUGGAGAUCAGUGGGAUCAUCAUGAGCAGGGUCAAUGCCCAUCAGCAAGGAGUUGGUUAUCAGUGGCUGGGAAAUAUUGUUACAGUUGGCUUAGCAUUCCUUCCCUUCCUCUAUCGACUCUUCCACUCAAGAACCCUGGAGCAGUUGUGGUCAAUUUCUAUGAAAGAACUUCUAUAUAUCUUUUGUGGGGCUCCUACAGUGCCCCCUGUUGUUGUUCUUGCAAUGAUUAUUUUCCUUGAGCGCUUGUGCCUCACCUGGAUGUUUUUCUUCAUGAUGUGUGUUGCCGAGAGAACAUAUAAACAGCGAUUUAUAUUUGCCAAGCUCUUUAGCCAUAUUACCUCUGCUCGGAAAGCCAAGAAGUAUGAAAUCCCUCAUUUCAGACUCAAGAAGGUGGAAAAUAUUAAGAUCUGGUUAUCACUUCGUUCCUACCUAAAGAGACGAGGCCCACAGCGAUCUGUUGAUGUGGUUGUUUCUUCCAUCUUUCUACUUGCUCUUUCCAUUGCUUUCAUAUGUUGUGCACAGGUCUUACAAGGUCACAAGACAUUCUUGAAUGCUGCUUACAAUUGGGAAUUCCUAAUCUGGGAAACAGCCCUUCUUCUGUUCUUGCUGCGCCUGGCAUCCCUGGGCUCUGAAACCAACAAGAAAUAUAGUAAUAUUUCAAUCCUGCUCACUGAGCAGAUAAACUUGUACCUAAAGAUGGAGAAGAAGCCAAACAAGAAAGAACAGCUCACCCUUGUGAACAAUGUCCUAAAACUUUCUACCAAGCUCCUAAAGGAGUUAGAUACACCAUUUAGACUAUAUGGCCUGACAAUGAAUCCCUUAAUCUACAACAUCACACGUGUGGUGAUCCUGUCUGCAGUCUCUGGUGUUAUAAGUGAUCUCCUGGGAUUCAAUAUCAGAUUGUGGAAAAUCAAACCAUGACUUGAAUAAGAGACACGAAGCCCCCUAUCCAGGGUACAAGAAUUAUCGACACUGAGACAAGGAAGAAGUGUUACGUGAGACUUGUUAUGGAAGUUGAAGGUGCUUGCCCAGUUGUGCCAGUCCUCACACCUACGUACAUGCAGCAUCUGUUCAUUCACUUUUUCAAGACUCCAAAUAAAUGUUUUUAUUCUAAGUGA